GAAAAGUGCUGAGUGAUGCUGAAAGCUCAUUACAAGACUUUUGGAGGUGGAGGGGGGAAGCUGGACCAUAACUUCCCACUAGCACAGAGCCAGAUCAGUGUGUCAGCACUGCAGAGACUGAGCAGGAAAAUACUACAGGAAAGUUAUCCUUCAUUUGACACUGGGACUGCAGAGGAUAUGUCUUUCCACAGCACCUGCUGGGUCCAUAGAAUUCUGCAAUGUUCUAUUCUCAUCCUAACUGCCUGCCAGACCAUGGUUGAAAGUUCCUCUUGGACUUACACAGGUCAUGAAGGACAAGAACACUGGAAAGAAGCCUACCCAGACUGUGGGGGGACAGCCCAGUCUCCAGUCAACAUCCAGACAGCCAAUGUGUCCUACGACGAUUCCUUACAGCCUAUAGAGCCCAUUGGAUAUAGUACUCCUGGGACUGGAUCUUUCAACCUUAGAAACAAUGGUCAUACAGUGGUGCUCAUGCUGUCUCCGUCUAUGCACCUCAGAGGUCUUCCUCACAAUUUCACAGCUGUCCAGCUCCACUUGCACUGGGGUAGCAGCUCCCAUCCAUUUGGAUCCGAGCACCAGAUUAACAGUAAAGCCUUUCCUGCAGAGAUGCACAUUGUCCAUUACAAUUCUGACAAAUAUGCAGAUAUCAACGAGGCCAAAAAUAAACCAGAUGGACUGGCAGUCUUGGGGAUCUUCAUGGAGGUGAUGCAGAGCGGGGCUACAGAUAAUCUUGCCUAUGGUAACAUUUUCAACUAUCUGGAGAAUGUAAGCUAUGCAGACCAGAGUGUGACUGUUCCAUCUUUCAACGUUCACAACCUGCUUCCUAACAAUUUAGAUCACUACUUCCGAUACAGGGGGUCACUGACAACUCCCCCCUGCCACCAAAGUGUUCUCUGGACAGUCUUCCACGAGAGAGUGCAGAUUUCAAGGUCACAGUUGGACAAGCUCCAAACAGUGGUCUUUUCCACCAAAGUUACCACGCCGCGUUCUCCUCUCCAAAAUAACGUCCGUGACCCCCAACCGCUGAAUCAGAGGAUUGUGAAUUCAUCCUUCCUUGUCCGUAAGUACAUGGCGACAGGUCAAAUUCUUGGCAUCUUUUUCGGGACGUUUUUGGCACUUCUGGGCACUUUCUGCAUUGUAUACUUUGUGUAUAAGAAAUAUAGUAGGAAAAACAGGAUGGAAGUGGGAGGAAAGGCCAGCAAUGUUGCUCACAACUCCCCAUCUACGACUGCUGAACAUGUAGAGGUGAAAUCUUUCCAGUUUUAAACUCUGGAGAGAGAGGUUGCCAUUCUCCUUCAAACUGUGAUAACCUGGGAAUAUGCUGCUUUAUGAACAGAUCUCCGGGAUUCUCAAGCAAACAUGGGUUAAUCCAACACUGCCACAGUCCAUGUGUGAUAAAGGGUCAACACCGGAUCAUGAGUGGCUUUAAAUACCUUGGAUGGGACCAGGACAAAUUGCUCUAUGCCUGGCGGUCUUAAGCCAAGUUUCUUUAACCCUAUACUGUGCUUUCAUCUAUUUAAUCUUCAGGGUUACACUGUAGCAAUGAGACAGGCUUCUGGUUUUGAAAAACAUUUGGAGAUGCUUACAAAUCAUUUUAUAGAAACUGUGAAAAAACAAAUCUAACUGGCUGGUUAGUAAAGGGGCACUAUAACUACUGCAACUCAUUGUACUUAUGGUACACUGCUUCUAUAUUGUGUAGAAGAAAACCACAGUGGUCUCUUGCUUGCAGCUAAAGCAUUGUUCAGAACAGCCACUUAGAUCAUGCUGUAACUGCAUUGAACCAUUACCAAACCAAACCAGCAAACCUGGAUAGCAAUGAUAGGCUAAUCUACACUCAGUGGAUCAUUGUUGUCCAGGUCCAGACUGAAUUACACUUGAUAAUGUAGAAGUAUUCUUUUAUUCCUUCCUUCAGCCUUCAUCUCUGUG